AUGCAGACGGAAGACAGUCAUACCGUCGACAUCAAGGACCUUAUUGCGAACACGGCUUCUUGGGGAGCUACUGUAGCCAAGGAUAUACAGAACAGCAAGAGAGAAACACCCAAGAGCAAAGUCGCUGGCAAGCUCAGCGAGAUCUCAGAUCUCUGGACCGAGUCCAUCGAAGCUUUUACCGAAAAAGCAUUCCGCGGAGACGAUGAGUCUGUCGACCUCAUCGGAGAUUUGAUUGCCGACGGGAAAUUCAACAAUGACGAAUUGACCUUUGACAUGUCAGAUCUUCGAAAACAACUGCGCAAAGUCUUUCUCGCAGUCCUCAUCCCCGAGGCUUGGAAGGUUGGCGCGGCAUAUGCUCCGGCCUUCGUCAUGGAUUCCGGUUAUGAUUGCAACGCUGUCGGGCCUCUCGACUACGAGUACAUUGCUCCGAGCACUGGCGAGGAGAUGGGGUAUUGCUACCAAGGCCGGAGGUAUUAUCUCCUUGCACCGAAUGGCCGGGAGCGGAACUGUGAUCCUCAGGUACCCGGUGGCACAGGCGGUAAUCCCACAGACUGCAAACCCAACUACUUCACCGCGCCACAAGGAAUAGAAAAUCUGGAUCCUAAGAAUCAGGGUGCCUACGACUGGGGAGGGAUCACUGCCCAAGAUCUUGUCGCUGGGGCGGUCGAGGGUUGGAAGGCCAACAAGGAGAAAAAUGGUGGUGGGUUUCUUGACCUGACCAAAACCAGCAAUUACGACUUUCUCCUUGGAGACAACCCAAGCGAGAUUGCCCGGUUUCAUUCAGAUCCCAGUGUGUUCGCCUGA